CGUCAUUCACUCAUCCUCAAAUCACCCGCUAAUCAAGACCACGCUCCAAACUUUCGCCGCACUCAACCAAAAUGUUCCGCCUGAUUUCCGGUCAACUUUCGCAAGCCUUCCGUUCGAUCCUGGAACUCCCCAAGGUCCAAGCGCUGGCCGUCGUCCGCCGCGGGUCGCACAACGAGUGCGAAAGCGAUGCCGACUUUGACUCCCGCUACGAGGCGUACUUCAACCGGCCGGACAUUGACCACUGGGAGGCCCGCAAGGCGAUGAACGACCUGUUCGGGAUGGACCUGAUCCCGGACCCGAAGAUUAUGGUGGCGGCGCUGAGGGCCUGUCGCCGGCUGAACGAUUACGCGUUGGCGAUUCGCUUUCUGGAAGCGGCCAAGGACCGCUGCGGGGACCAGGUGAGCACCAUCUACCCGUACCUGCUGCAGGAGCUGCGGCCAACACUGUGCGAGCUGGGCAUCGAGACGCUCGAGGAGCUGGGCUACGACAAGCCGGAACUGGCCAUGAAGCACUACCUGGAUAUGGAGAAGUAGGAGUCCGCGUCGUUUAUC